AUGUCUUCCCCUGAAAUUGCUUCCCUUUCGUGGGGUCAGAUGAAGGUGAAAGGCUGCUCCACAACAUACAAGGACUGCAAAGUCUGGCCAGGAGGAAGCCGAACCUGGGACUGGCGAGAAACUGGGACUAAUCAUUCUCCAGGAGUGCAACCAGCUGACCUUGAAGAAGUUGUCAAGAAGGGUGUUAAAACUGUGGUGAUUGGUCGUGGCAUGAGUGAGGCGUUGCAGGUUCCAGCAUCCACUGUGGACUAUCUGAAGAAAAACGGGAUCGAUGUGUUGGUGUUGCAAACAGAGAAGGCUGUGGAGCAGUACAACACCCUGGCUGCACAGGGUGUCAAAGUAGGGGGGGUCUUCCAUUCAACCUGCUGA